AUGAACUUCGACAUUCCCCAGGACGUGCAAGCAUUCAUCAAGCGCAUUGAUGCCUUCAUCAAUGACACCAUCCUACCUUUACAGCACCAAGAUGAUAACAACAGAUUCUUUGAUCACCGCCGAGAGUCGUCACGCACCCAAUGGGACAACCUUGGCCUCCCUACUGAAGACUGGGAGCAACUUCUAGUCAAAGCCAAACGGCUCUCGGACGAGGCAGGACUCUUUCGCUUCGCAUAUCCGAAGGAGUAUGGCGGUGCUGGAUCCGAUCAGCAGAACAUCACUAUGUGCGCCGUACGAUAUCAUCUUGCCUCACAUCCUGUGUACGGCGGAGGUGUGUCACUCGCCAACGACCUCCAGAACGAGCACUCCGUCGUCGGAAACAACCCUUUCGUGAUCAUGAUGCAUCACUACGGAACCCAAGCACAGAAGGACUACUACAUCCCUGCCUCGACGCGAGGCGAGUUUCGAUCGACCUUUGGCCUGACGGAAAUUCACCAUGGCAGCGACGCCACCCAUAUGGACACCACUGCCACCCCUUGCACGCUUGAUGACGGCACGCCAGGCUACGAGAUUAACGGCAACAAGAAAUGGCAAACCGGCGCACACCACGCCAAUCACUCCCUCGUCUUCGCCCGCACUUCUGGCAAAGCCGGCUCCCCUAAAGGCAUCACUUGCUUCAUCGUACCCACCUCCACGCCAGGCUACAAAGUCGUCUCAUACGAGUGGACACUCAACAUGCCCACAGACCACGCCACUAUCGCCUUCAAUAAAGUUCGCGUUCCCGCCACCCAGAUCCUAGGUCCGAUCGACAACGGCCUUGCCAUCGCACAGACCUUCACACACGAGAACCGCAUUCGACAAGCCGCCUCCUCCUGCGGCGCUGCACGCUUUUGCAUCGACAAGAGUGUCGAGUAUGCUAAGAAACGCGUCGUCUUCGGCAAGCCGCUGUCGACAAAUCAAGCCAUUCAAUGGCCGCUCGUGGAGCUGUCGACGCAGCAGGAGAUGUUGCGGCUCCUAAUUCUACGCACGGCUACAGAGAUGGACCAAGUUACAAGCCGGGCGCUGGCUGCAGGUCGUCCUGCAUGGAUCGAUAUAGAGAGGCAGCUGGGCGGUAAGAUUGGAAUGUGCAACUACUAUGCAAAUCGACUGUGCUGUGAGGCGGCGGAUCGGGCGAUCCAGGUACAUGGUGGUGUUGGGUACAGCAGGGAGUACCCAUUUGAGCAUAUCUGGCGGCACUUCAGGAGGUAUAGGAUCACGGAGGGCAGCGAGGAGGUACAGAUCAGGAAGGUUGCGGCGUACUUGUUCGGAUACAAGACGACGGGGGAAGAGGAUCCGCAGGGAGCGGGACCGAAGUUGUGA